CCACCAUUGGAUAUUCACCUGCUCAGUUACCAUUUACAGAACAAUCUCCUUUCGUAUUCUCAGAAAGAUGCCAGCUGGUGGGACCAAACUGAGGAAUAAUAAUAAACCACGUGUGACUCUUUGUCUCUAUCUCUGCGUCACUGUCUGUCCCUCUCUUCUUCUCUCUUUCAACUCAACCUUCAAUUGCUUUCCAUAUGGUGCUAUCUCUCACUCUCUGUCUCUCUCUCAUUCAUUCACUCACUGCGCCGUCAUCUUCUCUCUCUCUCUGUGCGGAGAAAUCCAGAGCUGAAUCAAAACAAGGGUCCAUUCAUUGGUUGUGUUUCGUGUAAUAUACUACCAAACAUUCCAAAUGUGCCGGCCAUGGUCGGCUUCUUUCAUUCUUCUCUCUCUUCUCAUCAUCAUUCCAAGUCAUUUUCAUUCUACCCUUCAAGUUGAAGCUGCAACAACAACUGUACAAGAGAGGAGAAUUUGCUAUGGGGUGUGUUCAGGCCAAGGCAAUGGAAGAAGGUGGUGGUUCUGGCUACAGGGGUAUUGACAGGUUGAAAAUGGAAAGUGGGUAUGUUGCAAGUUCUGAUUUUGUUGCUCAUAGGAGAUCCACUGGUCAAAGACAUGAUGAAGAACCCAGAAAGCAGAAAGCUGAGCCUGGUGCUGGCAAUGGUGAAAGGAGAGAGCUUGCUGAUGUGGGUGGUGUGGGGAAGAGAGAUGCUGAUGUGGGUCGUGGGAGUAAGAAGCUGCCAAAUAAGUCUUUUGAGGAUGAGAUGGUUGAUGGUUGGCCUAAAUGGUUUGUUGAGAAUGUUCCUGUACAAGCGUUGGCUGGCUUGGUUCCCAAGAGUGCUGAAUCAUACAAAAUGAUUGAUAAGGUAGGACAAGGAACCUACAGCAAUGUUUAUAAAGCUCUAGAUCGAGAGACAGGAGAAAUUGUGGCCCUUAAGAAAGUCCGCUUCAAUACAUCAGAACCUGAAAGCAUUAAAUUCAUGGCUAGAGAAAUUAUGAUAUUACAGAAAUUGGAUCAUCCCAAUGUAGUAAAACUCAAAGGCUUAGCCACUUCAAGAAUGCAUUACAGUAUAUAUCUAGUUUUUGAGUUCAUGCCAACAGAUUUGGCCAGAGUUAUUACUCGGUCCGAAGAGAGACUAACUGAACCGCAGGUCAAGUGCUAUAUGCAUCAAUUGCUUUCAGGUCUGCGCCAUUGCCAUGAUAGGGGAAUUCUGCAUCGAGAUAUAAAGGGGUCAAACCUUUUGAUUGAUCAAAAUGGGAUGCUUAAGAUCGCAGAUUUCGGGCUUGCCAAUCAUUAUGGUCCAAACCAUGACCAGCCUCUCACAAACCGGGUUGUGACUCUGUGGUACAGAGCUCCUGAGUUGUUGUUAGGUUCCACAGAUUAUGGAGUUGGUAUAGAUCUAUGGAGUGCUGGAUGUCUCUUGGCAGAAAUGUUUAAAGGAGUUCCAAUCAUGCCUGGUAAAACAGAGGUUGAGCAACUGCAUAGAAUUUUCAGGCUAUGUGGCACACCAUCAGAGGAGUAUUGGAGAAAAUUAAAACUUUCGACAACUUUUAGACCACCAAAGUCUUAUAGACCCAGCCUUGUAGAAACUUUCAGGGAUCUCCCUCCAUCUUCUUUAGGUCUCUUAUGUACUCUUCUUGCUUUGGAUCCUGCAUUUCGGGGCAGUGCAUCUAAAGCUCUUAACAAUCAGUUUUUCUUUACAAGCCCCUUGGCAUGUGAUCUCUCUGGUCUUCCUGUGAUCUCCAAACAAGAAGAUGAGCAUAUUCGAGCCAAUGAACAGAUCAAGUAUAUGAACUCUAAAAUCAGGCGUUCUCGCACAUAUAUGGAGCGUCGCAAGAAUUUAGCAUCUAAUAAGACAAUAGAACAUACUGUAUCAUCUAAAGAGGAUAUCAGAAGAAAUGAUGAGCCUGAAACUUACGUUCCAAGUGAAGAACCAGGGAGCACAACAAGUAGUACCUCAUCUAGUGCAAACCCAUCUGGGGCUAAGGAUCACUCACCUUUAUUUCCCCCUCUACUCCGGCCUUCAGAUCAAAAGUUGCCCCCGAAAAUCCAUCGCCAUGCUUAUGUUGGUGGGAAAAGCAUCAAGAACCUUCCCCCAUCAUCCAAGUCAAAACCAAAUGCAGCCAAGAAAGAUGACAGCAGAUACAGACCAGACCAGGUUUUCAGGUCUGCUUCCACCAGAGAAUUUAGAAACUCAAAACGGGAACAGCAUUUACUCUUUGAAAUUGAUGAUUAGGCAAUCCUAGAAUAUGUAAACCAGCCUGUAAUUUUUUUGAAUAAUUAUUAUUUGAUCUAUUUUGAAAAUUCCUCUACAUAUUCUUUGCCAUGUUGGUGUAACUUGAUUUAUGGACCCAUUCUCCUAAAGAAAAGAUUUCCUUCUGUUCCUAUAA